ACGACGUUUUCUUUCGCUCGUUCGAUCGUUGGUAUGAAUGAUAAUGAACUCAAGCACGUGAAGUUGCACUUUGAGGUCGGAUGUUCUUUCCCGCUUCAUCAAUCACAGCUUGCCAGAACUAUGGAAGGCAAGCGGUCGGUUUCUAAAUCCCAGCUAGCUCUGGAGGAGGGUGUUACUUCCAAGACGCCCAGCAAGAUUCCCUUUCUUCUGGCGGGAAUAUUCGUAGCGACCACCGUGGCCCUGCUGAUCACCACUAUUGUGUUCGCCCUACAGAAAAACCACAUUGCCAACAUGCUGGAGCAAUUGAUGAAAGGCACCAGUAAACCACACGAACCUGGUCCGCGUCCUAUUUGCACCACAAAGCAGUGCUAUGACUCCGCUUACCUUUAUUUGAGUAACAUGGAUCAGACCAAAGCGCCUUGUGAUAAUUUCUUCGACUACGCAUGCGGCGGUUGGACUAAGCGCUACACAGUUCCAGAGGACCAGACCCGAUUUUCCACGUUGACUAAACUGAGAGAAGGCGUGGCAGACAGGCUGAGAGUUUUAUUCGAACGAAGCCCGACUCUCGGCGAGCCUGACUCAUAUCACAUUGUGAGAAAUGACUACAAGUCUUGCGAAGACAUGGACACCAUCAACAAUCUUGGGGUAAAACCUCUGACUGACCUGCUGACGUCGCUCGGCGGUUGGCCAGUCGUUGGAGAUAACCCAGCGGGUGGGAACUGGAACCCGGCUGCCUUUGACUUCGAGAAGCUUUGGGCCGACAUUAGGGGCAAAUACGGCGUGCAGAUGUUUGUUGCUACCGGCACGUGGCCUGAUCCUGACAAUGCAGCCAAAUACAAAUUGGAUGCGUACGUACCCGAUUUUGUUGUACCCAAGUUCGAUAUUGAAAAGAGGCAUUGGCCGGGAGUUCAUCCUAUGCUUGACGGUACCGAUGAUGCCGGUUAUGACGCGACGAUGCUUUUUGAUGACAAGUAUUCCAGUGAGAGGAAAGCCUAUCUCCAGUACCUGAUCGACAUUGCUGUGGCGCUUGGAGCAAACGAGACAGUUGCAACACGGGACAUGAUAGAUCUGAUUGAGUUCGAAUCAACCAUGGCAAAUUUGACUGUUAAACACCCAGACUUUGACAGGGUCAUGACCACUCUUGAAGAAAUUGGCAUGAAUCUGAUUGACUGGGUGCGUCUUUACCAGCUGAUGUUACCAGGGAGCGUCGAUCCAGGCGUUACCGGUGACGAGCCCAUCGUCAAUUACAACCCUAACUACAUCUCCAACGUCACAGUGUGGCUGAGGGACCAAGACAACAGAGUCAAAGCCAACUACAUGAUAUGGCGGCUUGUCAGCCGAAUGGUGCCCUUCAUGGGCGAGACGUUCCUGGUCAUCCGACGGAAAUUCCUCCAGAGCGUAAACGGCACCGUAGCCACCACGGCCCGCUGGAAGACGUGCGCCUCGAACGUUAACAACCAAUACAAAUUCAUCAGCGGGAGGAUGUACGUAGACGAACACUUCCCUGAAGACACCAAACGCAAGGUGUAG